AUCGGUCUCUCUCCAUAACCAAACAGUUAAAUUUUCCUUCAUUUUCUCACCCAAAUUUUCCCGAGAAAAUUCAAUCCAACUCCGAUGGCCACAAUUCAAACCCCCACCGAUAAUCCUCUCUUUUCAGUUCCUCUAGAGCCGCCGCCACCACAACCACCCCAGCCGCAGCAGUCCUCCACUAUUCCUCCGUAUCCUGAGAUGAUUUUAGCGGCGAUUGAGACAUUAAGCGAUAAGAACGGGUCAAACAAGUCAGCGAUCUCGCAGCAAAUAGAGACAACUUAUCCUGAUCUGCCGCCGGCACACGUCACUCUCCUCUCUCACCACCUCAACAGAAUGAAACAGACCGGCGAGCUUGUUCUUGUGAAGAAUAAUUACAUGAAACCUGACCCUAACGCGCCGCCGAAGCGCGGUCGCGGCCGUCCUCCGAAGCCGAAGGAUUCGGUUCAAACCGGAGCGGUUCCUUCUUCUCCUAGACCACGUGGCCGUCCUCCUAAAGCUAAAGAUCCCUUUGCUCCUGAACCUACUUCUCCUAAACCGGCUUCUGCUCCGGCUAGUAGUGGUCGGCCACGUGGACGUCCUCCUAAGUCGACACCUGUAGCUGAAGGUUCAGCUCCAGCUCCAGCUCCAGCUGUGGUUUCAGUUCCGGCUCCGGCUUCUUCUCCGACGAAGCAGGUGUCAGGUGUGAAGAGAGGAAGAGGUAGACCGGCGAAGGUGAAGCCUGCGGUGGCGCCGGUGGCCGGUUGAGGGACGAGAUAAAGAAGAUGUUAAAGAAAAAGAAAGUGUUAUUUUAAUUUUAUUUUUAUUCUUUUUUUUUUAAUUUUAAAAAUGUAGGUGUGGUAGUUUAGUGUUAGUUUAGUUUAAUUUUCUACUAAUUGAUGUUUAUUUAGCUUUUUUUAAUCAGCUGUCUUUUUCUAUUUUGUUUUGUGUUAGCUUUUGUUGUUGUGUAAUGUUGAGAUGAAGGAAAAUAGGUUUUAUUUGUGUAAUUGUAACUUUAAUGUAAAUCUUAUCAACGGCGUCGUUUCUUAUUUA